GCAUAACAAUCGUGCCUUGCUGUGACAAAUUUGAGAGGUGCACACAAAGAACAAUGGAGGUUGCUAGCGAGAAGAUCGUCAACAGGGAUGAGAUCACGGACACCGCUCUGUCCCUGUUCGCCGGCGACGACUCCAUCCACAUCCCGGAGAGUUAUAUCAGAACAGAUGAGGUCCUUGCUGACGAAGUCGUCGGCAAGGACGAGGCCUACGAGCUGCCGGUCGUCGACAUGGCCAAGCUUCUUGAUCCCGAUUCCUCGGCCAUGGAGACAGAGAAGCUUGGCUCUGCGUGCCGACACUGGGGUUUCUUUCAGCUAACGAACCAUGGAGUCGACGAAGCAGUGGCACAGCUUAUAAAAGACAGUACUGCGGAGUUCUUCAGCUUGCCACUGGACAUCAAGAACAGAGUGGCGGUGCUGGGGAAGGGAGCUGGCCUUGAAGGAUAUGGCCACCACUACAGCAGAGGGCCAGGUGACAAGCUGGACUGGGCAGAGGGCCUAAUCCUCAUCACCCAGCCAGUCCAUGAGAGGAACAUGAAACUGUGGCCUACCAACCCACCCACGUUCCGCGAUGCGCUUGCGACGUACUCAGUGGAGAUGACGAAGCUCGCGAGGCGUCUGCUGGGCUUCAUGGCGGCCGACAUCGGGGACGACAAGGGUGAGCUGGUGGAGGCCUUCACCGGGAAGCGGCAGAGCAUGGCGAUGCACUACUACCCUCCGUGCCGGCACCCGGACAAGGUGAUGGGCAUCACGCCGCACACCGACGGCCUCGGCCUGACGCUGCUGCUGCACGUCGACGACACGCCGGGCCUGCAGAUCAAGAAGGACGGCCGGUGGUACCCGGUGCGGCCGCUGCCGGGAGCCAUCCUCAUCAACAUCGGCGAUCUCCUCGACGUCCUCACCAACGGCGCCUACACGAGCGUCGAGCACCGGGUGAUCCCGGACGCCGAGAGGGGACGCACCACCGUCGUCUUCGUCGAGGAGGGCACGGUGGGGGAGAUGGUGACGCCGCUCCCGGGCCUCCUCAAGGAGCAGGAGCCGCGCUACAAGUCCUUGGAUAUCGACGACUACAUCAAGGGCAUCCUCAAGGCGAUUCCGGAAGGGACCCGGUUCGCGGACACUCUCAAGAUCUAGCAUGAUGCUUGCAUCGAUCUGCCUGAGGGUGUCGAUCGACGAUCGAAAACGGCGCGGGGGUGCUUCGUCCUGCUGUGUCUCGUCUCUCGUAUCUAGUUCAGUAUGUGCUCGUGGUAAAAUAAAAGCACCUGGAUCGAGUGUACUGCAUGAACCGUCAUGUGUGUCAAAGUUUGCUGUCGCUACCUAAAAUUCAUUAUCUUUUGUUACGUGUA